AUGAGUGGAUUCGCACCGGAGGAUAAGUGGAUGCGCUUCCCUAAUAUGGGUCAUCUAAUAGCAAAUGCGUAUGAGAGGGUGCGUAUUAAUCUUACGAGAUACAGUUUCUCAAAGAAUUGUUUCCCUCUGCGCACUUCUCCAACACCAAACCCUAACGAUCGAAUCAUAUGUGUUGGGUGGGUUUCGAAUCCGCGGCAUUUUGUUCAAGUGUAUUUGAAAUUGGGAUGCCCUAUACCACCUACAUCACCGAAUUGGGCGAUUCAUGUCACAAUCCCAUCCGAGACUUGGCUAGACCAAUUCAUUGAAAGGAUGCAAGACUACAACAAGUUGAACAAAAUUGAAAUAGAAAGAAAUAGAGAAAAGCCAAAAGGGGUGCCUCCGGUGGAUUUGGCCGACGAUAACUUUUUCGGCUCAUUUACGUAG